AUGUUGGGAAGGUCAGUGGCACGAGCAGGCUCUGUAGCACUGGCCAGUGCAGGGCGCAGCCAGCUUGUCGGUGUUCCGAUGCGCGCACCAGCCACUUCGCCGUUGCUUCGGCUGGCACAUGGCUGGGCGCGCGAGGCUAGUCUUCCAGCACGCUCUCCGAUCUGUGCUCGAAUCGGCGUGUCCUCCUUCAGCACAUCUUCACGAGCGUUUGCGACACCCAGGCCCACGCCUGGUCCGAGUCCCAUCGGAGCCGCAGGCAGUCGCGCAAGCCGGGCGGCCUCAAUGACCGAGGAGAUGCAGCGUCGACAGCGCGAAUCGUACAAGCGCCGCAACCAGUCGCUGCUCAUGUACUCGGCUGCACUCAUGAUGUUUACGCUCGGAUUCAGCUAUGCAGCCGUACCCCUGUACCGCGCGUUUUGCUCGGCGACCGGGUUCUCGGGAACGCCAAUCACAGAUCCGGAACGCUUCGCCCCCUCGCGACUCGUUCCGGCGUACACGGAUCCCAGCACCAACGCUCCCACCAAGAGAAUCAGGGUCACGUUCAACGCAGACGCUUCCGACGCCAUCCCAUGGUCAUUCACCCCGCAGCAAAAGGAGAUCUAUGUCUUGCCCGGUGAGACCGCACUCGCAUUCUACACCGCCAAGAACAAGAGCACCAAGGACAUCAUCGGUAUUGCCACCUACAACGUCUCCCCCGACAGAAUUGCGCCGUAUUUUGCCAAGGUGGAGUGCUUCUGUUUCGAGGAGCAGAAGCUGUUGGCGGGCGAGGAGGUGGAUCUGCCCGUGUUCUUCUUUAUCGACUCGGACGUGCUCGAUGACCCAAGCACAAAGGGCGUCGACGACGUCGUGCUCAGCUACACCUUCUUCUCGGCACGCAGGAACCCCAAAAACGGCCAGCUAGAACCGGAUACGGAUCUCAGCCAUGCAGCUUCUCCGCCACGGCUUCACUCUUCGCAACCAUCCGAUCUCGGCCACCAGCUUCUGCAUCUAUACCCAACCGCUCAUCAUACAGAAGAAGCACCUUACACGCAUCCGUAUCCGCAUCCAUAUCUGCACUUUGAUCAACUCUGCUCGCAGCGACACCGACACCGCCACCCACAACGACCUUUCCGACCCAUCAUGGCGGGAUCAUCGCUGCGCAAUGCGGUGCAGCGCCGCAACCACAAGGAGCGGUCGCAGCCCGUGGGGCGGGCCAAGCUGGGCCUGCUUGAGAAGCACAAGGACUACGUGCUGCGUGCCAAGGACCACCACAAGAAGCGCGACAUGCUCAAGCGGCUCACCGAGAAGGCGGCGAUGCGCAACAAGGACGAGUUCUACUUUGGCAUGAUCAACUCGUCCACGCGCAACGGCGUGCACCAGCACGCGCGCCCCUCCGAGCAGCUCGACAACGACGUGGUGGCUCUGCUCAAGACGCAGGACGUCGGCUACAUCCGUGCGGCACUGCUGGCGGAGAAGAAACGCAUCCACGGCCUCGUCGAACGCAUAGCCCCCUCCAUCCCCAACCUGCCCGUCGAGUGGCUCGACGAGAAGGACAACCGAAGACCGACCCUGGAGCGCGCAGGACUGAUUGCGGCGCCGGGCAAGGCGAAAAAGUCCGCCGUGGCAAAGAUCGGCGCACAGGGCAAAAAGACCGUGUGGCUCGACGAUGCAGAUGCGCUUCGAACAUACACCGCUCCCUCGGCCUCGACAUCAGGCACGCUGUCCACACCAACAACGCCGAGAAAAGAGAGCAGCUGGGUGGACGAGCUGUCAGACUCGUCGGACAUCGAGGUGGAGGCGGACGAUCUGACGACGCCCAACACGGCGCUGCGCAAGGGCAACAAGCAUCUGGGCUACCUCACCACCGAGCUCGCCUCGCGCUAUGCGCGCCUCGACCAGCUGCAGACUGCGGCGGAGAAGCUGAACCUCGUGCGGGCGCUCAUGACGCACAAGGGCGGACACUCGAGCGUCGUCACGGCGCGCAAGAACAGUCUCGCCGACAAAGUGGCGCGCGGCACCAUGACCAAGAACGGCCUGGCGCUGACAGAGGAAGAGGACGACGAGGAGGGCGCGACGACGGCCAAGAAGGUGUACAAGUUCAGCAAGGAGCGCAAGCGUUAG